ACCAUGGUCAGACACUACAAUUUCGGCGUUGAGAUUGAGGCUGUGGCCAAGCCAUACGGCGGAGGCGAGUCAUUCACAAAUGUUGACUGGUACCGACAGUUGGCCCAGAAGCUGCGGAACCGGGGCAUUGAGGCUGUCCAUGACGACAAUUCCAAGUACAGCAAGCACCCAGAGUACUAUGGUGGCAAAUGGUUCGUGACUCGAGAUGGGUCAUUGAAGCGUCCUCGACCUUUUGUCUGCAUGGAAGUCGUUUCUCCCAAGCUUAACACGACCAUGCACAUCACUAGCACACUCUCUGACUUCUGGGAGGCGAUGCGGGUGCACUUCAAUCCGCAGCGCGACAUCUCUUGUGGCGGCCAUGUGCAUGUCACUCCUAUGAGUCUGAACAACAAAUUCUCUCUCCGCUCCCUCAAGAAGAUCGCGUUUGCCACUGUAGUUUACGAAGACUUUGUUGCGACCAUGUUGCCCCAGGCGCGGAGAGAAAACAAAUACUGCCAGGCCAACAGCCAAAGCAUUGACUCGGGCCUACAUGAGACCCUCCUCUGGGGCAAAAACCCGAACACUCUAUAUCGCGUGGCUGCUGAGAUCAAAGCGUGUGCCAACGAGACAGCGCUCUAUAUCUACAUGCAGGGAAAUCGAUAUGUUCUCUGGAACUUUCAGAACAUCUUCCCGCAUCCCAAGACGGGCCGUUGCACUGGGACUGUUGAGUUCCGAGGAGGAAACCAGUUUCUCAACACCAAGGGAACCCUAGCUUGGGUUGCUUUUGUCCUUGGAUUCAUCACGCUGGCUGUUCAAGAGGAUCUUCUCCAUACAUUCAACUCUUCCAUGUAUGUUCCCACCACCGAUCCCGCUUACGAGAAAGCCAUCACGGAAUGGUGGCGGCGCGUUCGAAGGGCUGCGCGAAAAUCAAGACUCAGCCGACAUCUCCCCAACGAGUACACCGCGAUGGCCACCAAAUAG